UACACACAGCUAAACAUCAGAAGCCCUGAUCUCAGAUUGUUUAGAUACUGUCAUUUUGAUUCAAAACUGGAUUUAGAUUCUUCAAACCUAACACCAACUGAAAACCCACGAAAACCCCAUAACAGCGUUGCAAUUUUCUGGGAUUUAGACAAUAAGCCACCAAAUUCAUUCCCUCCAUAUGAAGCUGCUUUUAAGCUCAAAAAGGCAGCAUCUUCGUUUGGGUUUGUUAAAUACAUGGUGGCUUAUGCUAAUAGGCAUGCAUUCAGUUAUGUCCCACAUGUUGUGAAAGAGCAAAGAAAAGAGAGAAAAUUGUUGAAUCAUUUAGAAAAAAAGGGUGUGAUUAAACCAGUUGAACCAUAUCUAUGUAGAGUGUGUGGGAGAAGGUUUUAUAAUAAUGAGAAAUUGAUUAAUCAUUUUAAGCAAAUUCAUGAGAGAGAACAGCAGAAGAGAUUGAAUCAGAUAGAAUCAGCAAGAGGGAAAAGGAGAGUUAAUUUAGUGGCUAAAUAUGCUAUGAAGAUGCAAAAGUAUAAGAACGCAGCAAGGGAUGUUUUGACUCCAAAAGUAGGGUACGGUUUGGCUGAUGAGUUAAAAAGAGCAGGUUUUUGGGUUACAACUGUAUCAGAUAAGCCACAGGCUGCUGAUGUAGCAUUAAGGGAGCAUAUAGUGGAUAUGAUGGAUAAGAGGAGAGCAGAAUGUUUAGUGCUUGUAUCAGAUGAUUCAGAUUUUGUUGGUGUUUUGAAAGAGGCUAAAUUGAGGUGUGUGAAGACAGUUGUUGUUGGGGAUAUAAAUGAUGGGGCAUUGAAGAGGGUUGCUGACGCGGAGUUUUCUUGGCAGGAUAUGAUGGGAAAGGCUAAGAAGGAGGCAGUAUCUGUUGUGGGAAAGUGGAAGGACCGUGAUAUUUUGAAGAAAUUGGAGUGGACAUACAAUCCAGAGGAGCAGAAGAAGUUUGUGGUUAAUGCAUUUAAUGAUUACAAUAGUGAUAAUGAUGAGAUUGAAAAUGGGGAUUUUGAUGGUUUCAGUGAUGAAAAUGGGGCUAAUUGUAUGCAAAAGGAAGCUGUCGGUGCUUGGUGGGAGCUGAACUCGGAUACUGAACCUAUUUCUUAGAAAUUAUGCUAAUGAUCGUUUGGAGGUCGCAAAUUGGAUCAGUUUUUCAUGACUUGGUGGAACUCAACAUUGCUUCAAUGAAGUUGAACAAGCAGACUGCGUGAAAGCAUGGAAUCUGAUUGCUGCCACCUUAUUCUGCACUCCAGGAAGAAGUUUAUGAUUCUUAAGCUCUCCCCUCUGGCGAAAAUAUAAAUCAGAAAGGGAACUAUGUUGGAGCCGUAUUUCAUUUCAGGGAUGCAGGCACAUACGUACUUGUCUGGAAAUGCUCUGCCCUAUUCCUAAUAGAGAGAGAACUUUCAGACUGGAGCCUACCAGCAGAGCCAUUUUUUGUUUUUCAUGCCAAAAUGUUCUUUGCUAAUUGAGCAGGAAGAAAUGAGGGAUAAAAUCAAGAACCCGGCUGUCGUGCCUUUUCCUGGAGUUUUGAAUUUUUGAUAGAGUUGAUGAACCCCUUCAAAAAGAAGUAGCUUCCUGCACCUUGGAAUCUAUAUUUGUUCAUUUUCCAGUUUAUAGAGAAAAGAAAACUCAGACUUGCUGCUUAAUGAUAUCCAUACUGUCCAAAAUGACAUUAGGCAACUUGAAAAGCGAGCCUAAGAUAAAACUAGUUAAGAGGAUGUUAAGUGUCUCAACUUUCAAUAGCUCAUGGAAAACUACUGUUAUCAAUUAUCUGUGACUAAAUGAAAAUAACCCUUUCCUUUCUAAGAAAAGGAAACCUAGGUCCCUUCGGUAACAA